ACGUGACGGUUAGCCGUUUUUAGCACUGGGCCUCAGCGGAGCAUUGAUUUGCGUGUUUGUUCUGUGCUUUUGACUGUUAAAAUGUGUUUGUUUUGUAAUUAAACUGCAUUAGUUGCGUGCUUUGAACAAAAAAUAUUGAUACUACAAUUCAUUUGAAAAUCUUCGCAAACAGAAGUCAACGCGCAGCUCGCCUGAAUCAAGUGAAAAGUGACAAAUGAAAGGCGUGGGUACUACCAAUACUAGAAAAUAGAAGCAAACCAAGAGAUUAAGCGUGUCCUGUAUGUACAUAUGUGUGCGUGUGCGCCUUUAAGAUUUUGCUCAUGUGCCCAUUUUUAUUGUUGUUCUAAUUGCCAACGAAAAACAAUAAAUAAUCAACAAACGCGAGAAUUAAUUGCAAAUCGGAUUCAAAAAUGUGUUCAAUGUGAAUAAAAUGAUAACGGUACACACACACGCACACAAACACUGCCAACAGCAAAUCUUCGCCGACAUCGCAGCCGCACCUACGUACAUAUAUGUCGAUAUGUGUGUGUGUGUAUUAUAGUGGGUGUAGGUGUACGUAGUUAAAUGCAAAAUAUAAUAUAAAAGUGAUAAGUGGCAGCAUUCGUGCUAUAGCAAAGCAAUUAAUUAAAGAAUUGUUUAAAUAAAUAAUCAAAUUGUACAAGGCAAAUACCAAUACACACUCAGCAGGAGCAGCAGCAGUAGCAGCAGCAGCACCACCACCAACAUAUGUACGUAUGUACACACACACGCGCACACCUACAUGCACAUACACCACAAAAAAGGCAUAGAGAGCCAAAGAGUGAGAGAGAGAAAGCACGGUGCCAAAAAGGAACGUCAAAAGGAAGAAGCAGCAGCAGAGCAGCACACAGCAUCGGCGCGUUGCGGAAAGAUUGAAAAUAAACGUGUAGUAGAGAAUUUUUGAAGCACACUCCACACACAUACACACACACACACACACACACACAAACCAACAACCGCCCACUGCCGCCGUUCUCCCCAGCGAGUGCCCUCUCACCGCCACCCGCCAACGCCAACGCUGUGCGGACAUACAUACAGACAAACACUCACACACUUACGCAGACAUACAUACAAACAGAGAAUCGUAUGCGCGAAAAGUGUAAGCCGUGCACAGUUGGUGUUGUUGUUGGUGUUGCUGUUCCUGUUAGCCGCCGCCGCCAAAGGACGACAGACGCGACGGCGACGACGACGACAGCGACAACGCCAACGACCACGUCGACAACGACGACGCAGCGGCAGAGACAGAAGCAGAAGCAGAGGACGUGUUGUUGUUGCCGUUGAAGCCAACGCAAAUGGCAGACCCUCUAAGCGGGCCCUGCUUUUGAGACAUGUCGUAAUGGCCAGAGAGGAGUCUCGCGGCAAGCGACCACUGAAAAUUUGGGAUAGUUGGCGGAAUGUGCGCAAAGGCGUCGUAGUUGGUACAUUUGAGGAGCUAUUGGUGCGCGGCAAGGACAAAUUGGGGGUUCCUGCUUCAGAACCCGUGCGCGUUGUUCUGGAGUGUGAUGGAACCCAAAUUGAGGAUGGCGAAUACUUUCGCACCCUGGCCAACAAUACGGUACUCUUGCUGUUGAGGCAGGGCGAGCGAUGGUAUCCAACCGGUGUGGAUGUCAUAAAGGCUGCUAUAUCAGCUAUACCGAAAAUCGUCUGUGAGACGAUCCAUGCACUGGAACUGCACGAUGAGACACCAUCUUGGAAGAUUAUGGAUAAUAAAGGGCGUGUCACGGUCGUAUUGCACUGGGAUCAGCGCCAGGGUGGCGGUGGAGGCGGCGGCGGAGGAGGAGGUGGUGGUGGUGGUGGUGGAGGUGGAGGAGGAGGAGGCGGCGGCAUGUGCAUGGGCGCCGGCCUGGGCAGCAGCAAUGGACUGCUGUCAUCGGACAAGUACUCGCCCUCGAAGAAGGGCCUCUCUGCGCAAAGUUCGCUGGAUAACAAAUCGGUGUCCUCGCAGUCCUCACAGCCGCGCUAUGCCAGCCCACAAAUAACGGUCAUCAGCGACGAGGGUCCGGCGAGCAUUUACCAUCCGGGCGGCGUUGUCCUGCCGCCAGGCGUUGUGAUACCCGGCAGCAAUCGCCGCCUCUCCAAGCAGGGCGGCUCCUUUGAUAGCGCCGUGGGCGCGGUACAUGUGCAUACGCCCGAGUGCGCCCAUCAUGCGCACACGCCCAGCCGUGCGGGCAGCCCCAGCACCACGGAGUGCGACUUCCAUUGCUGUGCGCUGCACGAGGAGGGCCGCAAGAUAGCCGUGCACAAGAGCGUGGCCACCUCGCCCAUACAGGACGGCAGCAGCAGUCCGCAGCCGCAGCUGCAGCAUCAGCAGCAGCAGCUGCAGGCGCAUCAGGCAACGCUGGCGAUGUCCUCAUCGGUUAUGGAUCCUAUGCUAGGCGGCAGCGGCAGCGGCAGCAUGCAGCGUCGCUCGUCGGGCGCCAAGGGUCAUGUGCGCUUCCUGGACAUUGCACCGGAGCGCGACAGUUCGGAGAGCGAAACGGAGAACACGGUGAUGGAGGAUGAUAAGACGACGACGGAGAAGUUUCUGUUGCUCAUCGAUCAGCUGUCUGUCGACCAGAAGCGCCAUCUUAGCAUCAAGGACAUCGGCAUCAUAUUGGAGCGCCUCAAUUCCAAGAUCCUCGACGUUGAGCGUCUGGAUCGCGAGUCCGAGUCGGAUGAUUGUUAUAACUGGACGAUAAAGGCGACAAUACGCGGCGAUGCGCUGCGCGAACUGGGCGUCAUCUACAAUGGCAACUACUAUGCCAUAUCCGAGCAUCCUGGCUACAAGGAGGAGCUCGAGGAGAACGGCGAGGAGGUCGAGGAGGAGGAGGACGAAGAGGAUAGAAUUUAAAUGAAAAACAAACUAAACAAACAUUAAUUAACAAAUUUCCAAAUGGGAGAAUCGAUCAUAAAAAAGGUAUCAAUAAUUAGCGCAUUUUUAGACAGGAAACGCGCAGCGGCAACGCGGCCACGCCCCAAAACGCCCUCAGCAAACACACACACACACACACACAAGCAAACACACACAUAUAAAAGAAAACCUAUUAAGAAUUAUAAAAGAAUUAAGAAAAAAACAAAAAAAACAAAACGGCAACCGCACAUUGUACAAUAGUGAAGUAAGGAAAACAAAGUGGAUAACAGAAACACACACGAAAAGUAACAGAAAAUUAACAUAAUGGAUAACAAGGAGGAUAUGCGAGGAUAACAAAUUCAGAAGCCAAUAGGAACGAAACGUUUUUCGUAGCAUUUAGCGAAUUUGUCAUUUGGCCGGGAAAACAACAAGUUGUAAGCGAUUCGAUUAACGAACCGAUACAAUGCACAUAAAUAACCAACAGGUAUUUCUGUUAUUGAUUUUUUUUUAUUAUUAUUAUUAUUACUAUUAUUAUUGCUAAAUUUUAUUAUGAUUGUUGUUAGCGUUUAUUCAUUUGUGUGCCAAACAGCCUAGCGCAUGCCUUAUUUAGUUGUAAAAACACACACAAAAAGCACCUGAAACAGACCAUUUCUCAGCUGUCAAAAGCGAGCACCUGAAUGCUCCGAUUGUUAACUAACUAAACAUCUGCUUAGCACUGGCUAAGGUACAGUGAAUGCUCCAACUAACGAAUUUUACUGCUUUUUCUUUUUGUACAAUAGCCAAAGCUGCUUGCUGCGGCAAAUACAACUUUUCUUUUAUAGGAAACGAAAACCUAUAGACUUUUUGCAAUUUAUUUUUGUGCCAAAUUAGGUUCUAAGUUUGAAAAUAAUAAUCAGAGGAAUAUAUAUAUAUAUAUAUUUAUAUAAUUCUAGUUAAUUGUUUAGCAAAUAUGUUUUCCUGUUAUUUCCUGGACAUAUCUUUUGAACGAACAACUCGAGUUCGUAGUUGUUCGUCUUAGAGAGCUUUCACUGUACCUAUAUCUAACCAUAGCAGUGGCCAAAUUCAAUGUAUAUAUAUAUAUAUACGUAUAUAUGUAUACUUUUGUGUAGUUCCUCAGUUGUAUUCCUUGAAGAGCACAUUGGUAUAUUCUCGAUUGAAAAACGAACCCAAUUUACUUGCAGUUGCUUUCGAUGGCUUCCAUAUAUGUUGUUUCCUAACAUUCUAUUAGGCUAUUAUAAGUAUAGAAGAAGAAUAAGGAUAAAAGAAAAAAAAAAACAAUGAAAAACAUAAGGUUAAACCUCUCGAAUCAGCAUUUCAAAACUGCCGUUAUUUGUAGUGUUGUAAAACGUUAACAAAAAUGUCGCAAACAACCCAGCCAAAAUGGGUAACACUUUGGCAUUAAACAUGCUCCAAAAUGAACAUGGAAAUGAUGAAAAUGAUGAUAAAUGAAAAUUCGACACAAUGAUCGUCUGGCUUAAUGAUGAUUACGUAAUUAACUGUAGUUAUACUAACAUUGUAGUAACUAAAACAAGAAGAAGACGAACAAGAUGAUGAGAAAGAAAACCUAAAGAAAUCAUCAAACAUUUUAUAGCAAUGAGCACACACACACUCUCACACACACACACACACACACACACACACACACCGCACACACACAUACCACUAUACCCUACCUUUUAUGUUCCUCUUUUAAUAUCAGCGAUGCGAGCAUUGUGUAAUUAGAGUUUAUAAAGUAUGUCUAAAAGCCAAACUAACAUUAACAUAUUACAUACAAAUGAAACACUGCCAAAAAUGAAAAAAAAAAAAAAACAAAAACAAAAAACCAAAAACAAAAUGAAGAAAAACUUGUAACAAAUUUGCAUUUCUUAUGUUAAAUUGUUAAUGAAAAUUCAACCCAAUUCGUUUCGAUCGAAAUUCCUUAAAGCAUUUUCGCCGGGUUAAAGACACAGAGACAACAAAGAUAGGAAUAUUGUUGUAAAAAAGGCAAAAAUACAAAAAUUGUACAAAUUCUUCGGCGCAGCUCCCAACUCUGACCAAAUAUAUGGUCAAGUAUGUCAAGUGCCCCGAUAAGCGCAUAUAUAUAUAUAUAUAUAUAAUAUCUGUGCUCGAACCCCAACCACCUUUCAAUCAACUAUGAAAAUAGCUAUAGAUAGGGUAUUUCCGUUCGGCUUAUCAGCUCUUCAGCUGCUCAGCUGCUCAGCUUGUCCCAAUCAGUUGUCUCGCCCCGUUUUCCCGUCGUCUGAUUGUGCUUGCAGAGUUAAAUGAAUUUUUUCCCCCUGCCCAAAUUCCCUACCUCGACACGCAGUGGGACAGAACAGAUUAAUGCUAAACAACAAAUUUUUGAGCGCAAGCGUUUGUCCAAGGCACAAAUAAAUGGAAAUCAAAUCGAUAAUUGAUUACAAAUGAUAAUAAAUACAAAGAGUUAUAGCAGAGAAAUAAAUAAAUAAAUGGAAAAAACAAAAAACAAAAGCAACUCACAAUUAGUAAAAAAAAACCAAUGAAAAAACGAAUUCAUUAGCGUUGUUUUAAUUUAUUAGUAAGUCAAAGUAAGUCAAGCAACAGCAAAAAAGAAUGAAAUAAAUAAAAAGCAAAACGUGCAACAAGAAUGAUAUAUGAUAUAAGAGAGUCAUGAUUAAAUAGAAAGGGAGAGAAUGAAGAAGUCAAGUGCUGCAGUGCACAAUUAUAAAUACAUAUAUAAACAAAUUACAAGUAAAACAAAACAAAACAAAAACAAAAAAUACCUAUACAUACUCAAAAUACAAUGCAUUACAUUAUAAUAAGAGCAAGUCGCAGUUUAUAACAUACAAAACUCAAAACUUUCCAUACUGAAAACUGACUUCUUCAACUGACUUCCAUAAUCAUAAUCAUUGUUAACAUUUAACUAUAAAGAAUUGCGCUUAACAACACAAAAA